CAUUACAAGAUUCGAGUUUUCCGAUUGCUUAAGACUUGUUCUCAUUUAACCGUUGAAUAACGAAACCGUUACAUCAAUUAACCUUGACGCGAAAAUACUCCGACGAUUUCGAGUGUCGCGACGAUUCAGUCUGCCGCGAAUCCGAUCGGUGCGUGUUGCGCAAAGUUUACUGAAAAAAUCAUGCGGUCCGAUAAACCCGACAAAUACGUCGCGAACGUCGCACGCUGCCCGAUCCUCCCGUGCACGGAUUUCUGAAUUCAGCCGCAAAACACGCGUCCAUUGACGAAACGUGAAUUACAGCUGAUUGCCAUAUGAUCGCCAGUGCCGACAACCUUCCAACGAAAAAUCCCUUCGCCCCGUGCCGUUUUCGUUCCUUCCAUUUCGCGUACCCUCGACUCUCCGUGCUCGCAUUAUCCUCGUACACAACGAAUACACUGAAAUCAUCAAAUUCUCCAAUUCCCUAAAUCUUUAAUUACAUUAUCCACCGUUUACAAAGCGUCGAGGAAGCUUGACAAUUCGUUUCCUUCGUUCAUUGUCGCCCGUUCUUUUAUUCCCUCUACUGCGAACCACAUCAUUUUCUUAUCGCUAAAUCCUCGAUUCUGUUCCUUGACAAUCGGCAAGCUGUGGUCAGCAAUGGCAAGGGCAAGGGAGUCGGCGAUACUCGUGAUCACGACGUAAAAUCGCGUCGGAUUCGAUGUCGAGGGGCAUAAGUCGAUCCAGAGUAGACCUUUGUGCAACAUUGUAAGAGGGAGCCACGCAGUGUCUUUCUCGGGCGAGCAUUGGCAGCCGUGCUGUCCCGCAGAGAGCUGUCACUGGCUGGGUCAGUUGGCAACAGACCUUCGAGGUGGUCGUGAGUGCUUGUGCUGUCGCAGCUCGUGCCCGUCAAACUUCUCUUGUCGGGGUUUCGACGCGGAAAGGACGACCAGCGGAAGGGUUUCGAAGCGGAUCGUGACAGAGCAGGGACGAGUCCAGGAGCGCGUCGAUAGUUCGGGGAAAAGUAUGGGGUCAGUCAGGAUCAUUUGACCCACGGGAACGACUCCAGGCUCGGUGGAUCGUGCUACCUCGUUUGAUACUACAAAUCGGUAUGCACUGCCUAGGCGCGGUGAUAGGAGGCAUUCCCAGCCCAAAUGGGGUUGGCGGUCGGGGUGGCAUUCUUAGCGUGUUCCGAGCCCUUGGAGUCCUUGUGUCCGAAGGGAGGAUUCAGGGCCUUCCACGUGGUUACAAAGAAGGCCCACACUGUGCGGCGCCCAUGCAGGCGGCUCCUAACGACCAUGUGUGCGAGGAAGACAAUUACUUGUGCAAUCGAUAUCUUGUGCUGGUUCGAGAGAUCGCCGAUCGUACAGCGAUCGGUUCGUACUUGUGCAUCGAAGUAAUGUUGUGCAGCGAUUGUCCGUGCGGUUUGGCCAAAGCGACGAACAAGAAUCCGAUCAGUACCGUGCCGUCCUUAUCAAUCUCACCAUGGCAACAAGCGUCGGAGAUGCUGCUGGAGUACUGGUGUAUCUGCGUCGUUCCCAGCAAGAGUCCGGAGACGAUGAACUUUUACGGGCUGUACCAAGCGGUACGCUCCCGGCUUCACUUCAGUCAAGUCGCGGCCUGGUGGUCCCGAAGCAACGGCACAGCGCCGAGCUACAUCACGACGAGGGUGGUGCCGUAUAACGAGGAGAAUCUGAGGAAAUUCCGGGAGGCCCCUGUAGAGCAUACCUUCCCUUUGGCCGGCAGCGGCGAUGGAAAUUCGAUAAAGGUCACCGUGUGGGCACUGCCGAGGAUGGAGGAGGUGCCGAUUCUCACCUGUCCGUUGCAUCCGAUCAAAGAGAAAGACGAGGAGGGUGUCGCGAGGGCUUUGACGCCCACCAAGGCGAUCCCGGUCCCCGCUGCUUCCCAGAACACCGAGGGCCUCGUUCUGCCUGCAUUGGUGGACGACAGACUGCAGACGUCCUGCGACAAGCUCGGCAAGCAUCACUGCCGCUGCGAGGACGAGGACGUCUCGCCGCCUUCACCGUCCAUCCCGCGGCCGACCGGAGAGAGGAAACGUCGCCGUUCGCUGCCAUGCGGUCCCUCGGACGUGAACACCGUGACAGUGCAACCGAUGCCUCUGCCGGCGGUCCAGGAGUCCAUCACGCAGGAGGCGAAGGACAGCCAAAGCUCGAGCUACCCGAAGUGCUCGGCCGAGAUCUCGAACAACCGCGGCAAGUCUGUUCAGAGCCAGAGCCACUGCAAGCUGGAGGAGAACGGAGUGAGGAACCGCAACAAUUUGAACGCCGACAACCUGGAGCGUUGCUUCAAGGCUCAGCUGAGCAUCGAGGAGCGCGACGGGAACGUGGAGAAGCGCUACAAGAGAUCGCUCGAGGAUGCGGAGCCAGCGAAGCCGGCCGGCUUCAAGGACAAGCAGUGCAACUUGGAGAAGAAAGACGCGAAGACCGGCAACAAGAAGAUGAAAGACGCGGAGAGCAAGCCGGCGGAGAGGAACGGGCUGUUCGAGAAUCUGAUACCGUUCAAUUCCUCGUUACCGUGGUCUUUCGUCGAGUCCUGGAACAACAGCACCGCGAACAGCAAGUGCGCGUUCCAGAGCCUGCGCGGGAACAAGGAGAGCUACUUCAACGACUCCGAGAGAACCUGCAAACCGGCAGUGUCCAGGGAUACGAGUUUAGUGAUCAAUCCGUUCCGGCAACCGAGUCCUUUCCACGAGUCAAAUCCUGGCCCGUCGACGAAUAACCGGCUCAAGCAGGACUCCCUGAACUCUGUUUGCAUGGUGCACCAGAGCUGCACCAAACCGUCGAACAAGCUUUCCAACGCCGUGUCCGCCGGCCAGGAAUUCGCGGACUCCGCGUUAGACGGCGCCGCGAAUAACAAAGGGAGAUCGGGAAAGGAUCUGAGCCAGUUGAUGUCCAAGUUGUCGUUCCCGGAGGAGAAGGAGAAAGCGAAGGAGGAAGGAGGUUUCUUGGAUUGGUUCACCAAGGUGCCCGGCAGAAUGCUGGGCGUCGCGCCGAGCAACGGCUACGUGGAGAACAAGGUGAAAGCGACGAACCUGAAGAGCCAAGAGCAGCACGGGACCGAGGUGAAAUUCAAGAACUGCAACCUGGAGCUGAGUCAACGGGAAUUCGACGAAGUGCUGGCCGUGCUGAGGGCCAGAACGCCGUCCGGCCGGAAGAGGACCAGCGUGAAGACGGUGAAGAGGCGGGAGAGGUCGGAGAAGUCGUUCGAGGACGGGCCGGAAAGGAAGUACGUGAACCUGGAGAACAGCGAAUGCUCGACGAACAACAUAGCGAAUCGCGGCAAGGCUUGCGAGAGCUGCAGCCACAAGCUCUGCCGGAAGAACGACCAGCAAGCUAUGGAGAAGACCCACUUCGGCGAGAUCUAUGGCAAUAAGAAUAUCUACAAUCCCUCGCAGAAGCGGGAGAAACUGGACAGCGGAUCGAACGAGGAUUCGCAAACGGUGAAGUGCACCAACACCGAGAAACGGUUGAACGAGGCCGCCGACUGUCUACAGAACGUGUCGAACAAGGCGGACAUACUAUUGGGAGCAAUCUUACGAACCAGUAAGGAACGAAGAAAUCUGCCAGAGGUUUCUAGCGGGACCAAGCCGAGGUCCGUGUCGUCGUCGGCGGCCGCGAGCGAGACGGAGAGUGCUCGGAGCAACGUGGAGGCCGAGCGUAUGUGCCAGGAGCAGAGGACCGUGGCGCUGGAGGACGAGAAGUCGUUGCACGUGGCGCUGAACAAGAAGUUCAGCAGGAUUCGACAGCUGUUCAAGAAGGAGCAAGAGAAGAAAGCCGGGGACAGUGCGGAGGCACAGCCGACGGUCGUCCAACGUUCGUUCUCGUACAACAACGUGCAACCGAGCUUGCACGAUCCAAAGAACACGAGGGACAGCAGGGCGAAGCGACGGAUAGACUUCACGGGCUUCGCGGAGCCGGAGAAGAAGAGUGAGGCGUGCACCGAUCCUUCAGAGCUUAGUACAAAUGGCGCACAUCAAAACUCGAGAACCUAUAGUACAAAUUACAAGGAGGGUAGCACCGGCGGAUACGACGAUCCGGGUAUGCUCAAGUGGCAGAACAGACUGUAUAGUACAAACCAGGAGGAUAGCACAGCUACCGAGCAGAAGGAAGACGAUAACGAAGCUGUUGCGAAGCUGGCCAAGGAAACGAAGCCGUGGAGCAACGCGAAGGACAAUACGACGAUCAUCGAGGAGGACGAGACCCUCGACAGGGUAGUGCCCACUGCCAUCGAGCAAGAGAGAUUCCGGAGAUCAUUGGAGAACGCCGCGUCGAUGGUGUUCCACAGCAGGACCGGGUUGCCGUUGACCUCCAGCCCGGCGCCGUUGAGAAGAGGCAGCUGUUGUUUCGAUUACGAUAGUAGCUUGAAUUCUGUGUCAUCUAAGAGAAGCGCAUUGUUCGAGCUGAAUACCCCGCCGAGCCCAGGCGCUGUCUCAUUGGAGGAAACCGACAGAGAGACCGAGAACGCCGGGGAAGGCGAGGAGACGCCGAAAAGGCGAUCCACUUCUCGCAGUAGACCGCAGAGUCACGCUCUUUUAGGCAGCUUCGAGGAAUCGGCGUUGAACGGAAGGCUCGAACCGGUGUCGACGGUUCACGGGUUCACGGCGGAGCUCGGCGCGAGCGGUUCCUUCUGCCCGAAACAUCGAAAACUUCCGGUCACCGUGUUCUUUUACACACUCGGUGACAAUGAUAAAGUUUCUACGCCCUAUCUCGCACAUAUUAAUUUGGGCAAAAAGGGCUACCAAGUACCAAGAAGCGGUACUAUACAAGUAACGCUUCUCAAUCCCUUGGGUACUGUCGUUAAGAUGUUCGUAGUACUAUACGAUCUUUCUGAUAUGCCGCCACGAUCUCAUACUUUUUUACGUCAGAGAACACUGCGGGACAAAACGCUACGCUACCUCGUUCAUCUUAGAUUCAUGUCCGGCAAGUCGGGCCGAAUUUACUUGCACACGGACAUUCGUAUGAUCAUUUGCCGGAAGUCCGACGUCGACACGGCAUCGGACUUCGGGUCAGAGCCACCAAAGGAACUCCGGAGCUACAUCCACGGUCCUACCAAUCCGAAAUUUUCGCCAAGGUGCUGAGCCAUGUGGCUCUUUCCAUGGGGUUGCUGCCAGUCGCUCCGCUCUCCUAGCCCCCUUUACGCAGAGGUUUAAAUUCGGACUGUUUUUCCCGCACAGAUCUUUCGCAGAAAGGCACUGUUCGCUUUGGAAAAGGCUGCGCGUCGAACGAAAACGGAUUUUGAGACGAGCCCGAGGAAAGGGGAACCCUGCAAGUGGUACAGUUCGAUCGAAAUCAGUCUUUAAUAAUUAGACUACGGAUCUCUAUGCGAUUCAAUGAUUGUUCCCCAUCCAUAUCGAAGCUUAAUGAAGCUUCCUUCGUUAUUCGGGGCUUCGCGUAUACGACUCUUAAAAGAGUAUAUAAAUAUUUUCGUUUCAUUUCGAUCGCUAAGUCGUUUUGAGUUUUUUAUCGCAUAAACGUCCGCAGUCUGUUAAUACUGACGCUUUUCGAGGAAGGUUAGACUGUCAAGGGAAGAGGGAAAGUGAUGGAAUUCGCAAGAUUCGAAGAGGAAAGGAGCCUUUAUCCGGAAAUGGUUGUGGAAUGGACUAGAGGGAAACCUUUGUGUAUUUUCAAGAGGAUGGCUGGUUGGAGGAAAUGGAAGGACGGACAAAUGGAUUUUUAGGAGCUUGCCUACCUAUUUUCGUGUAGCGCAGCUGAAUGAUUUUCAGACGAUCGUCUGCGAAGGAAGGAGAAGAAGGUCGGAGAGUUGGACGAUUUUCGGGAGAAAUGUUUUAAAAGAGACGCUGCUUUCUCUGGAGAAAUGUUUUGCGAAGAGAAGCGAGAAAGGCAUGCUAAGGGGAACAUUUAAGAUUGUUUCGUCUAAGAGCCGCUUGUCUUUAUUGAUUAGCCGUGGUUUAUUUGUUUCUUUUUCUUUCGUUUAGGCAAUAAUUUUAUUUAUAACACGAAAGGCGCGUCAUUAGCUUGCGAUAGCUUCUUCCAUUCUAGUUUUCACCGUGUUCGAAGAUCAAUGGAAAUUUUCAGUUCAGUGUAUGGUCUUUGCAGCGAGCCGUUUCGUUUGGAUUGUAAUCUCGUUUCUACGUUGCCGAUUGAGGUCCCUUUGUCUUUCAAAUUCAAACGUUUCCAGCUGCCAGGCCCGCGGACUUUGAAUCGCAAGCUAGAAGAUCUCCUUGGAAGGCCAUCUUCUCGAUUAUAUUGUUGUAAAUAGCA